AUGUAGCAGACACCACCACAUGGUGCCAGUUUGGCCAGGAUAUACCAAGCAAGUGGUUCACUUUAGCUUGUGUUGGUUAGCAGGUGUAGUUUGCUAGCAGCUAGGCUAGCUUUAGACACUGCCAACACAUCAGUGGCUAUGGCUUUUGGUUUUUUUCUUUGUGUGAUCUUGCUCCUGUCUGUGUGGGACAACACUACAAAAUGUGACUACAUUCCCAAUGAAGUUCUUCAUAUGGAGUGUCGUGAUGGCUUCUUCAUGAUAGCUUUUGAGUUCCCCUUCACUGGCAAUGAACCUCGCUUUGAUGCUGUCGACGACACAGGCGUGUACCCCAUUACUAAUCAGUAUGCAACAGAGUGUGGCUACAGUGUCAGUGUUCUCCCUCUACUGGGCUACGUGGAGCUCCGAGCCUCUUACUUCAGCUGUCACACUAACAACAAAGAUGACAAAGUGUUCACAUUCAACUUCAACCUGAUUGUGACACAUGAAGGAAAGGAGGUCACCUAUGCCUUGAACAAGACGUGUUCUCCCACACUCCCCUGGUCUCCCAGAGAGAUCACCUGUGAGGUCAACUACAUGGAAGUGUCUGUGAGGAAUGAAGUCACCUGUCCAUGUACGUCGAAGAGAGAUGACUGGAAUGCUGCGCUAAAUCCUGCCUAUGCCUUAGCCGCUUCAGACUGGCAGGUGAUGUUGCACAGAGAUGGGGAGCAGUUGAUGCCCAUUAGUCUUUAUGAAGCUCGUAAGCAGGGUUAUGUGUUCCAGUUGACAGAUGGAAGGCUUGUAUUUCGUACACCGUAUGGACAACCUGACUCACUCAGCACUGAGGUGAAUGGUGUUCCAGUAGAGGUGAUCCAUGCGACUCUGUUCUCCAGACAAAACUGGGUCGUCAUCAUGGUCGACCUGGUGGCUGCUUGCUCAAUGUAUGAAGGAUCAUAUGACAGUGGCUACAUGAUAUGGAAGACUCCUGAGGUGCUGCACCCGCUGGUGUCAGGUCUUAACGUGACACAGGUCAACGUUGGAGUCAAAGGUGAACUUGUGGCACAGCCAGUUGCAGAGGGGAGAGGCUAUAUUGUGGAGUUGCAAAACUCCACAGUCCAGAUCAGCAUACCCUAUAAUGCUGAAGGAGGAUACAGGAAGAGCUUUGUGUCCGGCCACCUCUACGAGUUCUACAUCUUUGAUCUCUACUUGGAGCAGAUCUCUGUGGAUGAGGAUAAUGUUGACACCAGGAUUCGCUUUCACAAGACACUUGCCACUCCCCUGCUGCCACGCCCUGUCUUCACUGAAAACCGAACAGUUCUUGAGGAGCGCACAUUUACAAUCUACCUCGGCGAUGUCCCUGAAGACGUCGAGUUGGCUUCUGUUUAUUUAAAUGGACAAGAAUUUACAGUGCCCUUUACAAACGCAGGCAGCCACACACUCUCAAAAGUUGUUCAUCCCAACAACACUCAUGGCUACACGCUGAAGGUGCCUUUUGAUGACCCAGUUGUCAUACAGCAGUGGUCCAAAGAACAUGAAGAGACGCAGCACAGGCUGGACAUCAACUACACACUGACAGUUCUGCCUGAAAACGAGCCUUAUUACCACCUGGCAUCAGUCAUGGCAUUAACAGAUGUCCCUCCUCCAGCCUUUGAGGCUAUCUGUUCCGAGUCUGGGAUCAGCUUCAAACUGGACCACCGGCCUUUUGACUACCUGUGGGAGAUCCGCAUCGGCUCAGACCUGCUGACAUCAGAGCUGGCAGCCCAGCGCGGUUACAUCAUGAGCAAUGACAGCCAGAGUUUACUGCUCAACGUGCCGCUCUUUACUCAUGGCUACGAGUACAAGAACUUUACUUUGAAGGGCUUCUUUGGCACGUUUGAGAUCCUUGUGCAGGAUCAUGAAACAGAGGUCCAGAGUUCAACUGUCAAGACUUGUCCGUUCUCUACUACUGAACUCAUUGUGUGUUCGACUGAUGGGAGGAUGACUGUGGUGGCUGAUUUGUCUCUGGCCGUCCCAAGUGGAGGAGUUCCUGCUCAAACCAACCUUUUAGACGAAUACUGUGGACCCCAAGAGGCAGAUGACACCAGGGCGCUCUUCUCUUUUCCGCUUAACAGCUGUGGAUCCAUAGUAAAGCUCAGCAACGAGUAUGUGACCUAUGCAAAUGAAAUUUUCUUCAGUAAGAAGGGUACUCUGAAAAAUCCAGUUCACUGGAGCAAUGAUAUCGACAGGGUGAUAAUGCGGUGUACAUAUCGUCUGGAUGGACUUCAUCGCCUCUUCUCAUUGCACAGGUUUGAGUCUGACACAGCUGGUGUUGGCCGCAUUGUGCAUUCUGCACACUCCACUGAAGGUCUAUCAGGUCCCACCAUUGAACCCACUGUAUGGCAAACGCCAGUGCCCACUACGAGACUCUCCCCACGACCUGGUUACCACCCUCCUGCUCAGUACAUUAAAGUGCCCAGCUUUCUAAACAGUAUCUCAAAGAAAGGUGCUACAGGAUUAUCACAAACCAAAGUGACUCUAUAUUUUGGAUUGUAACUGUGUGUAUAUAGCUCAAUAAAUUUGUCUUGUACUUUUGA